AUGGCAGUUCACGCUGUUACUAAUCCUGCCGCUGCCCCUGCCACUCAAGCACCUACCAGUAGAUAUGUUGGUACCCUUCCUCAGUGCGACAAGUGCAAUUACCAUCAUAAUCCUAGCCCAUGCCGUGAAUUUCUCUAUAACAAUUGUGGCAAGAAGGGUCACACAGCUCGAGCCUGCAAGACACAAGUCCAGCCAACCAAUCAGGUGUCUGGGGCGGGUGUUGGUCAAGCCUGUUAUGGUUGUGGAGAAGUCGGGCACUACAAGAGAAAUUGCCCCAAGGAAACAACCACUGGCAACACUGGGAGAGUGUUAGCUGAUGGGUUUUAUGCAUAA